AGCUCAGACGUGUGUAUCUCCACAUUUCAUGCAUAGCUGGACUAUUCUUUGCAAAAUAUUUUUUACUUUUAAGAACGCGUAUUUGCACAGUCCGUACUGUUUUAAGUAAAUAACAGUUCUUGUAGUUUAUGUUGCCCCGGCUGCGUCUAGAGGGUCCGGAUCCUAAAUGUGUCACUUUGUUUACAAGCCACUUUCGAAAGAAUCCGGUCAUGUGGCUCUUUUCUCUGCUCAGAUUGAACAAAUAUAUGAGGCUAAGAGCUUAUGUUUCAUAUUAUUUUUAAUUCAAAGCGUUUCAAACCAAACUUCUUUUGGUUACUAGUAGAUCAAAAGGUCGUUGUAGCUCCAUCUGCUGUAGGAAAAGCUGCUCUGUUUGUUGUCCUGGUAGAACUGGGAAGCUUUCAGUGAACUAUCCGACAAAAUAAGACUGGAAUUUAAAUAGCUAAAAAAAAAAAAAAAAAUACAGUGUAUUGUAAAAUUAUUAUUAGGAAUAGAUUAUUUUUCAAAGUGCAAUCAUAAAAAUGAAAGUAGUAAUGUAUGUUUCUGAAGUGCUAGGAAUUAAGAUAAACGGUUUUUUAAUAUUUUUACCAAAAAAUCUCAAAGGUGUGGUGUGCAUUUGUACCCCCUUUGCUAUAAUAUCGCUCAAUAAAAUCCAGUUCAGCCAACUGUAGAAGUUAUUUAGGGAGUAAAUGUGUGUGUGUGUUUUAAUCUCAGCAUGAAUACAGAAGUUUGUUACAGAACAUUACUGAACUAACAGCAUCAAGAAGGGAAACAGUUGUGGAGAAGUUUAAAGGAAGGAAAUGUUAUUAAAAAAAAAUAAACCAAGCUCUGAACACCUGAAAAUCCCUGUCUAUAAUCCAAAAUGCAGAAUAUGGUACAACUGCAAACCUACAAAGACAUGGCCAUGCAAUCAAAAUGAUAGACAAAAGAUUUGAUAGACUUGCAAAAGACUUAAGACUGGAGAUGAGGUUUUUAAGUAUCAAUUUUAUUAAUCACAGUUGCAAAAUACUUUUGCAAUGCACUGUUGUUGGUGUGUAGUUUUAUGUCCCCCUUUAUCUGUUUUAUGUCCAAGAAUGCAAACAUCCAAAUCUUUGGUGUCUAUUUUACUCUCCAAAGCUCAUCUGUAUAAUUGGGUGAUUCAACAAAAUGGCACACACUGUUUUUGUUGUAUAUAACAUUUAGGUUCAUUGUAAUUAAUAAUAGUUAAUUUGAGGGGCUUUGGUCAUAAAAUAAUAAAAUAAUAAAAAUAAUAAAUGCAUUUUGACAUGUCCAAAAAAUUUUAUAAAAUGUUCAAGCCUUUCAAAAAUGAAAUAAAACAUUCACAUUAUAUGACAGCACCAACAUUGGGUGCAUCUUUGUGUUACUUUUCUCUAAUGUUUGCAGAAACGUAGGAAACAAUGGCAGCCUCUGUCUAUAAUAUUAAUUGGAAAUCUUUGUGUGUCCUCUGUUAUUCUGUUUCCCUUUUACUGACAAAACUCUUUUGGGCUUACAGGAGUAAUCUUUGAAAUGACAAAUUUCUUCUCUUCAGAAAUUUGCAAUAUGAUCUACAUCAAUCCCCAAAUGAAAAUUUGAGAUUUCGCUCUUCCCUCUUUCCAUCUAUUCUGUGCUGGAUAUGUGGUCCCGCUCAUUGUCAAAAAAAAAACUAAACCUGUUACGGAAGGUAACACCUUUUAUUCUGUAAUAUCCUGGUUAUUUAAUCAUUUCAAACUUCCUGUAAAAUUCGAUGGCUUAAUUUCCAGAGCUAGUAAAGCAGGCCUACGGUAUCAUGAAACACUCAUGUUUAAUGUAUACAGUACAUUCUUAAAAGUCUGUUUUUUUUCACCAAAAAAAAAAAUAAAUUUGAACGUAUAAAAUGAUUACAAAUCAAAAUGUUUGAAGAGCUUGGACAAGGUUAAGUAUUUUUGUAAAGUGUAUUUGAGCCCGAUGUUGAAAACACCUACUGCUACCUUAUAUGGGCAUGCAUAUCAUGGGGUGAAGCAUAUACAGUCAUAUUCCAUAACUUAGUAACUCAGUUUACUCAGUAAAAUACAUUGUAUAGAUUAAAUACGCAGAAUUAUGUUUCAAGCCUGUAUUACUGGUGAUUUGUUUCUGCUUACAGGUAAUGAAAACACAGAAUUAAAAUAUUACAUCAGACUAAUUAAAUAAAACAAUUUUACCACAGAAAUGUGGGCUUAAUGAAAAAUAUCUUUAUUACCUUCCUGAAGGUUGUUUUUUUUAAAGAGACUUUUAAUCUGACAAACAAGGCUCAUCAGAAUGCAUGUUGCAGUUUAUUGAAUAUAACAGUACUUAUAGCUAGAACAAGAUGGGCUAUGGAAAGUUUCAGAAUUAGUUUUUUUGUCUUAUCCUUUUAGUCAGAAUUUACCAAAUAACUUUGUUGACCAGCUCGUUCUGCUGCAGAAAUGGUAAAGAUUGAUAUGAGUAGAUACAUCAUCCUUUACCAGUUUGUAAAAGGAUCAAACAUGUCCAAUAUUCUAUCCUUAAUAUCGUACUGGGUAAAAUCUGAAUAAUCAAACUAAUCUAGCAUGGCAGUUUUCAUUACAGGUGUUCAUAUUACUUUUGCAAUGGAGGACUCAAUUGAAGUGAUCCUUCAGGACUACGCUUGGGUCUUUCCAACCAGCAGACCCCAUCCCAUUGUGUCAGCCUGCACAGGUGCUUUGCUCACAGGCCUAUAUGGAUUAUGGAGCGUCUUCACCAUGCCUGGCUUCCGCAAAAUCCCAUGGAGCCUCAUGGUUCCAUAUUUGCCCUCCAGUAAAGACCAGACACAGAAUGUUAUGAAGCUGCUUGAGGGGCGAAGAGGUCGCUUAGCAGAUCUGGGAGCUGGAGAUGGAAGAUUGGUAUUUGCUGCCUCUUCUGUUGGUUUUCAGUGCACAAGGUUUGAGAUUAACUCAGUUUUAGUGGCAUAUGCGAGGAGCAAAGCCUAUUGGAGAGGAAUACCUUCCAGCCAGGCAGUCUUUGUUAAAAAAGACCUCUGGAAGACCGAUUUGUGUUCAUACAACAAUGUUACAGCUUUCCUUGCUCCAGGGGUGAUGGAGCUGCUGAGAGAGAAGCUGCUGAAGGAGCUUCUUCAGGAUGCUCUGGUCAUUUCUUGUCGUUUUCCUUUCCCUAACUGGCCCCGAAAAUCAAAUGUCGGCUCUGGACUUGACCAGGCCUUUGCUUAUGAGAUCAGCUUUGUGCGUUCACACCUGAGAAAUCCACCAAAGACAGAGAUGAAAUAAGUCACAAGCUCUUUCCAACCAUGCACUAAAUCAUUUGUUUUUUUAAUGCAAAACGCAGAAUAAUGUUUCUUUAAAGAGUUUGAAUCUACUGAUGGAUGUGUAAUCAUUUCAAUGAUGAGAGAGUAGCUAAAGCUUUUGUUCUGUAUUUACACUUUCAUAAUCCACUGAGUCUAUUUUAUACCGAUGAUUUGUGAAAAAUUUGAAUCAUCAUAUUUACUUAAAAAAAUUACCUAACACUGAGUAUGUAUGAGCUGUCUAAUGUUCAUUGCACAGUUUAAUAAAUGUUUCAGAAGACAAUACAUAAUCUGAAUAUACUAUUAAAUUGAAUUUUAAGGAGUUCGGCAAUUUUGCUGUGUAUUUUUUAGAGAACAUGACUAAAAUUGUGACAGAAUCUUUGUCUACAUGAAAAUAAAGAAAAAGGAUUUAAAACUUUU